UCCGUACGCCGGCGGGAGCCCAGCCAGAGCGAGCACGGGGCUGGGCGCGCAGGAGUGAAAAGGAGGCGGCGGUCGCGGCUGCGAGCAACAGAUCCCGGCGCUGCGAGCAGACGUUGGCUGCUGCGGGCUCAUUUUUUUUCAGUUUCUUAAAAAAAUUUUAAAUCUGCAAAUCUUGCAUUUUUUUAAAUGGCGCUGACCCGGGGUCGACGGGCAGCUUUCUCUGUAUCAAGAUGGGCUUUGCCUUUUCCGUCCUGGGCGCCGGUGGUGGCCUGAUUACCAGCUUUCUCCGGGCAUUUUCGAGACCAGGGGCUGGGCAGUGCAUGUAGGCGAGUCGCCCCACAGAGCGGUCUGGUUCUCGCCACCAUUGUUAGUCUUCGGGGCGGAGAACAGUGACCCUGCGCACCCCGCGCUCUGCAGACGCGCUGCAGGCCGGCCCCGAGGGCGAGGCUCCUGUCGGGUGACGAGCCCGGCCCGCGCGCAGCGCAGCGCCCCACGAGUGCGUCCUCCCCGCCGGCGCCGGGAAAAUGGAGGCUGUGAUUGAGAAGGAAUGCGGCGCGCUCGGAGGCCUCUUCCAGACCAUCAUCAGCGACAUGAAGGGGAGCUAUCCAGUUUGGGAAGAUUUUAUUAACAAAGCAGGAAAGCUGCAGUCUCAGUUGCGGACAACAGUAGUAGCAGCAGCUGCCUUCUUGGACGCCUUUCAGAAAGUGGCUGACAUGGCCACCAACACACGCGGCGGUACGCGGGAGAUCGGCUCGGCCCUCACCAGGAUGUGCAUGAGACACAGAAGCAUAGAAGCCAAGCUGAGGCAGUUUUCCAGUGCUUUAAUUGAUUGUCUGAUAAAUCCACUUCAAGAGCAGAUGGAAGAGUGGAAGAAAGUGGCCAACCAGCUGGAUAAAGAUCAUGCAAAAGAAUAUAAGAAAGCUCGCCAAGAGAUAAAAAAGAAGUCUUCAGAUACGCUGAAACUGCAGAAGAAGGCAAAAAAAGUGGACGCCCUGGGGAGAGGUGAUAUCCAGCCUCAGUUGGACAGCGCUCUCCAGGAUGUCAACGAUAAGUAUCUCCUGUUGGAGGAAACGGAGAAGCAAGCGGUCCGCAAGGCUCUGAUUGAAGAACGGGGCCGGUUCUGCACCUUCAUCUCUAUGCUUCGGCCAGUCAUCGAAGAGGAGAUCUCAAUGCUAGGGGAAAUCACCCACCUGCAGACCAUAUCAGAAGACCUGAAGAGCCUGACCAUGGACCCUCACAAACUGCCCUCCUCAAGUGAACAGGUGAUCUUGGAUUUGAAAGGCUCUGAUUACAGCUGGUCCUAUCAGACACCACCCUCUUCUCCCAGCACCACCAUGUCCAGAAAGUCCAGUGUCUGCAGCAGCCUGAACAGUGUCAACAGCAGCGACUCACGCUCCAGCGGCUCCCACUCGCAUUCUCCCAGCUCCCAUUACCGCUACCGCAGCUCCAACCUGGCCCAGCAGGCACCCGUGAGGCUGUCCAGCGUGUCCUCCCACGACUCAGGGUUCAUAUCGCAGGAUGCCUUCCAGUCCAAGUCGCCCUCCCCGAUGCCACCAGAGGCUGCCAACCAGAACUCGUCCAGCUCGGCCUCCUCGGAAGCCUCGGAAACCUGCCAGUCAGUGAGCGAGUGCAGCUCUCCCACCUCUGUCAGCUCAGGCUCCACCAUGGGUGCCUGGGUGUCCUCAGAGAAGUUGUCUAACGGGUUUUCUCACUGUAGUUUAUCAAGUGAGGCCCAUGUGGGGCCCGUAGGUGCAGGCCCUUUCCCUCAUUGCCUGCCCGCCUCCCGCCUGCUCCCUCGGGUCACCUCUGUCCACCUUCCAGACUACGCUCAUUAUUACACCAUUGGGCCCGGCAUGUUCCCGUCAUCUCAGAUCCCUAGCUGGAAGGACUGGGCCAAGCCGGGACCCUACGACCAGCCACUGGUGAGCACCUUGCAGCGCCGAAAGGGCAAGUGCGAGCCAGACCCCAGUGGGGGCGCAGCCGGCUCAGCAGCGGGCCCGGGGGCAGCAGCUGAGGAGGCGCAGAGACCUCGGAGCAUGACUGUGUCGGCCACCGCCAGGCCUGGGGAUGAGAUGGAGGCUUGUGAGGAGCUGGCCCUGGCACUGUCGCGGGGUCUGCAGCUGGACACGCAGAGGAGCAGCCGGGACUCGCUGCAAUGCUCCAGCGGCUACAGCACACAGAGUGCCACCCCAUGCUGCUCGGAGGACACCAUCCCCUCCCAAGUUUCAGAUUAUGACUAUUUCUCCGUAAGCGGUGACCAGGAGGCAGAGCAGCAGGAGUUUGACAAAUCCUCCACCAUUCCGAGGAACAGCGACAUCAGCCAGUCCUAUCGACGGAUGUUCCAGGCCAAGCGCCCAGCCUCCACGGCCGGUCUGCCCACCACCCUCGGACCUGCUGUAGUCACCCCCGGGGUCGCGACCAUCAGACGGACCCCCUCUACCAAGCCUUCAGUCCGCCGGGGGACCAUGGGAGGUGGUCCCAUCCCCAUCAAGACACCAGUGAUUCCUGUCAAGACACCAACUGUCCCAGACCUCCCUGGGGUGCUGCCAGCCCCUCCAGAUGGGCCAGAGGAGCGGGCAGAGCACAGCCCUGAGUCACCAUCCGUGGGUGAGUGCCCACAGGGUGGCGCUGGCAUACCCUCUUCCCUGUGGAGUGGCCAGGCCUCCGUCAACCCUCCACUGCCCGGCCCAAAGCCCAGCAUCCCUGAGGAGCACAGACAAGCGAUUCUGGAAAGUGAGGCUGAAGAUCAGGAGCGGGAUCCCCCCAGUGCCAACAUGUCCCUAGGCCAGAUGCCAGAGAGUGACCCUGCAGACCCGAGCCCCAGGGAUACCCCACAGGGAGAAGACAUGCUGAAUGCCAUCCGCAGGGGUGUGAAACUGAAGAAAACCACAACAAAUGACCGCUCUGCCCCUCGCCUCUCUUAGGCACCCAGUGGAGGAGGAACUCUUUAAUUAAUAAAACCUAAUUUGUCUUGACCCAUUCCAAUCUAUAAUCAAAAAGUUUUGUAGGCAAUUCAGAAUUGAGCUCUUUUGAAAAUACUCAACAUAUUUAGAUAAGAAUUAAAAGCAAAAUAUGUAACUGACAUAAUCUUGAUCUUUUAAUUUGUAAAUAUUGACGAUUUUCUUUCUGCACAUUUUAAUCUUAGUUUCCCUUUUGAUUUUUCUGAAGGUGCCAAAUUCCAUUUAACUUUUUUACAAGUGUUUGUAAAAUUUUAAAUGCAUAGGGGGUGGGUCUGGGCAGGGGACCACAGAGUAGUAACUUUCAGAGCAGGGUUACUAUACUUAGUUGUUUUUUCAUCCUGGCCCCUGCAAGCUUUUGUAGAUGCAUUGUAGUAGUCUAGCUUAGAAACAAAUUCAAGUUAUUUUAAUGUACAAACGAAAUGGGUAAGGGGUAAAAUUGUCAUUUAGGUAUCCUGUGUUCUGGAUGGAAAAGCAGGACUAAGAACUGAGCAAUAUGCGGAGAAGGGAAUCUGGGGAAGGUAGACUGGCGGCCCGGGGUGGGGGCUCGGGAGGGACCCUGUCUGCGUAGCGAUCCUGUGCCGUGAGAGUGGCCUUGUAGGUUGGAUUGCUUGUUGCUUCAUGAUGAAUGCGCCCCAUAAGCCAUACCGGAUUGCAGUGUUUUGUUUCCCUAGGGUGUUUCAGGGACUUCUUCCUCCCACAGCUCCCACAGCCACCACAACCACCUGGAAUCCCACGCAUGCGGCCACUGUCCCCCGGGGUAGAUGUAGCGUCCCCACAUUAGUUCAUCUGCUGUGCUUUCAUUGAAUCCAGAUCCAUCUCAGAGGGUAAGGCAGUUUUUAAAAACGCGAAAACACUAGAGGAGGACAGCAGGGAAUUCUUAGAUACAGCAAAUGCCUUUUACUUACCUGUGCCCAGCAGGCUGGGUGCACUGAAAAGCCCAAAUAUUUUGAAAAAACUUGAGUGGAUUUAUCAAGGGUAACUAAUUUGGAGUCCAGUGACUUGCCAACGUGUUUACCAACCUGGGGGCUUGUUUUUCUUACCUUCCUUAAAUAAAUGGCAGUGAAUUGGCUUCAUUCUCAACACCAACAAGAGGAGGAAUUAAUUAUCAUCUGGAAUCUGACCACUAUACUAUUUUUGCAUUUUAGGCAGUUUUUUGGAAUGGAUUUAUGUCUUUAAGUGGAAGUUAAAUUUGUUAUAAUGCCCAUCUCUUAAAGUCAACAGAGAUUUGUAGAUUGAAAGAGAUCACAGUUGAGAAGACAACUGUUUUAAGAGAGCAAGCAGGCCCCUACCAGUGGGUGACAGUGCUCUCGUGACAGCCCCCUCUGGAGGGCUCUUGGGUCCUGUCCCGCCUGCUUUGCAGAUUUCUGUUGGCUCCAGCCUUCAGGAUGUAUCCUCUGCUUCCCACAUAACUGCACUGGAUGUGAGAGUAACGUACCUGUACAGUCACUGUUUAUAUUGUAACACUGAACACUGCUGUGAUUGCUCAAGGACACUUACGUUAAGACUUUCAAGCAAGGCAUGAUUAUUAGAAACUAUUUAAGCUUUUUUCUUUGAAAAACAAGCUCCUUCAACAGACUAUAAGCAACAGUAGUGCCUGUGGUUUAGCCCACCAGUCUUGAUGACUAAAAGCUGAUGCGCUGUGCAUAUGAUGCUUGAGAUGGUUUUUGCAAAAGCAGAAAUCAUUGCAAGGUGAUUACAGUAGAUAAAAGUGAUAUUUUAAACCUUCAAAAUAAAUGGAUGUAACUGUACCUUGGUACAGCUUUUCACUUGUUUAGUUUUUAAACGUUAGUAUAAUCUGAAUAAAUUUAAUAUAAACUGUUGCCAAAUUCAAUGUAGAGAAUGUGACAAAACACCUUGGAUAGUUCUGUUUGUGUUUUUGCAUAUUGUAAAAGCAGUGUCACAGGUAAAAAUAAAUCCUUUCUAAAGGGAAGUUGUGGUUUAGUUGCUAGUUUGUACUGAGAGUUGACCUCUCCCUGUGCAGUUUUUGUUCUAAACCUGUAUAAAUAACAGUGUAAUAGUGUUGCCCUUCUACAUUGUAACAGUUGCUUCAGCCUAUGUUAUAAAUAAAGAACCACUAGGAAAAAAA